GGAUAAGGGAAAGGGCCCCAAUAAAAUUCAUUUCACACACUAAUCUCUCUCUAAUUUGGCACAUUUCUCCAUACUCCCUCCCAAACUUAAACUUCAACCGUCAUCAUUCUUCUUCAUCACCAUCAUCGUCUUCACCACCUCCUCAUUUUCUCUCUCCUCAAACACCAAGAUGCAGAGCACUUCAGAAGCCAAUCAACGUAUCGCGAGGAUUGCAGCUCAUCUUCAUCCUCCUAAUUUCCAGAUGAUGGAGGGAAGUUCGAGUAUUGGGCGGAUGAAUUGUAGAGCAAAAGGUGCAGCACCUGGAUUUAAGGUGGCAAUAGUUGGAGCAGCUGGUGGAAUUGGUCAACCUCUUUCCAUGUUGAUGAAGAUGAAUCCACUUGUUUCUGUUCUUCACUUAUACGACGUCGUUAAUACCCUUGGUGUUACCGCCGAUAUCAGCCACAUGGACACCGGCGCCGUCGUGCGUGGUUUUGUGGGGAAAGAUAAGUUGGAUGAGGCCUUGACAGGCAUGGACCUUAUCAUCAUUCCUGCUGGGGUUCCAAGAAAACCAGGGAUGACAAGGGAUGAUCUAUUCAAAAUUAAUGCUGGAAUUGUUAAGACAAUUAGUGAAGGGAUUGCAAGGUGCUGUCCGAGAGCAAUUGUCAACCUAAUCAGUAAUCCUGUAAAUUCCACAGUUCCUAUUGCUGCAGAGAUUUUCAAGAAGGCUGGUACAUACGAUCCAAAGCGUUUGCUUGGUGUUACAAUGCUUGAUGUUGUCAGGGCCAAUACAUUUGUGGCUGAAGUUUUGGGACUUGAUCCUAGAGAGGUUGAUGUUCCGGUGGUAGGAGGCCAUGCUGGUGUUACAAUUCUUCCCCUCUUGUCCCAGGUUAAGCCUCCAUGCAGCUUUACUCCUGAAGAAAUCAAUUCCCUGACAGAUCGCAUCCAAAAUGGUGGAACAGAAGUAGUUGAGGCAAAAGCUGGGGCUGGAUCCGCCACUCUUUCAAUGGCAUAUGCUGCUGUCAAAUUUGCUGAUGCUUGCCUUCGAGGUUUGAGGGGAGAUGCUGGUGUUAUUGAAUGUGCUUUUGUGGAUUCUCAGGUGACUGAACUGCCAUUCUUUGCAACAAAAGUAAGGCUUGGUCGCUCUGGAGCUGAGGAGGUUUUCCCGCUUGGUCCAUUAAAUGAGUAUGAAAGGGCUGGCUUGGAGAAGGCGAAAAAGGAGCUGGCAGGAAGCAUUGAGAAGGGUGUUUCCUUUACGAGGAACUGAAAAUCAUAAACGCCAGGCAAAGUUUUAGGUGCUUAGUCAAAUGUAUCUGAAAAUAAUUGGCAUAUCUGAAAUGAGCUUUGUUAGAAAAACCAGGGGAAAAAGAGUAGUUUUCUUGUCUCUUCACAUCAAAAUGAGAGUCACACAUUUGCUUAUCUUUAGGUUUUUUUUACUUACUUCUUAGUACUAUCUUUCCUCUGUGUGAUGCAUACAUAAUAAUUGUGUUAUUUGUGUACCU